UUCCUCAUAGAGCUGCAGCAGAGCCUGUCAUGUGUCUGCUCACGUUGGGUGCUGCAGCAGAGUCUGGUGUGUCUUUACACUCAGUCUGCUGUUUCAGACGCUGAGCGGUAACUCGAGGAGGCAGACGACUUUCUGCUUUAUUCUUAAUUUAAUAUUUUGUAGUGGUUUGAUAGAUUCGAGUUUUUUUUAUGGCUCACCUGCGCUCCUGCUUUAACAACACACAAACUUUUCUUACCCGGGACUUGCCUCUGGCUGAAGCAGCUGGCUCACCUGCAUCUGAUCCCCGGACUGAAGUCGAUGUUCUGGGACACGAUGCAGAGGACACUGGUUUUAAGCUGCUUUAUCUGCUGCCGAUUGAUUGAUUGAUUGAUUGAUUGGGCUCGGUGUUGAGGUGAAUUCAAUUUAGUUGAUCGUCUGAGCUGAGUCACUGAUCAUGGUCGGGAGAGGGACUGUCGAUCUGGCCCCUUCAGCCGGUGUCAAGAUCUUUUCAGCUGGAACGGCUGGUUGUGUGGCCGACCUGGUCACUUUCCCCCUGGACACAGCCAAAGUCAGACUGCAGAUCCAAGGUGAAUCCAAGUCCUCAGUGGUCCAGAGGGCGAGAUACAGGGGUGUGUUCGGCACCAUCUUCACCAUGGUGAAAACCGAGGGUGCGAGGAGUCUGUACAGUGGACUGGUGGCCGGGCUGCAGAGGCAGAUGAGCUUCGCCUCGGUCCGGAUCGGCCUCUACGACACCAUCAAGCAGGUCUACAGCAGAGGAUCAGAGAACGUAGGAAUCGGGACUCGGCUGCUCGCUGGCUGCACCACGGGGGCGAUGGCGGUGGCGAUCGCUCAGCCCACUGAUGUGGUCAAAGUGAGGUUCCAGGCUCAGGUGCGCCUACCGGAGAGCGGCUCCGUGAAGAGAUACACCAGCACCAUCGAAGCCUACAAGACCAUAGCCAGGGAUGAAGGGGUUAAAGGGCUCUGGAAAGGUGUUUUCCCAAAUAUUACUCGUAAUGCCAUCGUGAACUGCUCCGAGCUGGUGACGUACGACAUCAUCAAAGAGCUCAUCCUGCAGUACAAAUUGAUGACAGACAACAUGCCGUGUCACUUCACCGCAGCCUUCGCAGCAGGGUUCUGCACCACCAUCGUAGCGUCCCCGGUGGACGUGGUCAAAACGCGCUUCAUGAACUCGGUCCCCGGGCAGUACAGCGGUGCCACCAACUGUGCUGUAACCAUGCUGAUGAAAGAGGGCCCCACAGCUUUCUAUAAGGGAUUUAUGCCCUCGUUUCUUCGUCUGGGUUCCUGGAACAUUGUGAUGUUUGUGAGCUACGAGCAGAUCAAGAGGGCGGUGGUAAGAUUUCAGCAGACCUGGUAGUCUUCACUGUGUCCUGUGUGACAGCUGCUGUGGCACUGGGCCGAUGAAGCAGGACAUUCCUAAAGAGAGACAGUGUGGUUAUAUCUGCUGCUGGUCUGGACCUGUUCCUCCUCAGGGAUGAAACUGUACAUCUGCACUGACUGUACUGAACAUGAGAGGCCCUAUAGGCGACUCUAUGGGCCCUAUAGACGAACUGCAGGGAUGUUUCAUGUUGAUGAGGUUGUUCAUAACAUGCGCACAUUGUUAAACAUGUUUUCUAAUGCAGUUUUUGGCCUUUUCACGGAGGACAUUGUAACAUGUUGCAGUAAUUGAUGAAAUUCAUUUCCAUUUAGCUGCUUCAGUUUCACGGUCAGGUAUUAAUCAAUUUUGAGCGAUAGAGUUCAGUCUGAGCAGGGUCCCUGUUUCCAAUCACUGUUCUAGUCCCUGCAAAAGGAGUUGGAUUCGUCUGUUUUCAUGAGCAGCUUCAACAUCUGAUUUCCCACAAGUUGUAGAUACAGUAUGUCAGUGGAGGCGUUACAACAGAGUAGGCAGGUAGUUGCCUUAGGGCCCAGAGAGCAGCAGUUUUUUUCAGGAGACUGCAAUGAAACCAUUGUCAGAAACCUUUAAUCAGGCCCCAUGCCAGUAGCUUUCCGUUCUUUCUUUCUUCUUGAUAAGAGUAUGGUACAAUUUUAAAAUGUGAUUGAAAUCCCAGGCUCUGACGACGCAGGACGGCAGGGACUGGGACUCUUGAAUAGAGCAGAUCCAUGCUGUUAAUGACUGUGCCUGUACUACGACAGGUCAAAAUGUCAGCUGUGAAAAGGCCAAUUCACGGAGUAAAUCUGGUGUGGUUGAGGAUUAAAGGUUUCCUCCUGUCAGUCGACUUCUUUUCUAGGUUGUCUUGGUUGGGGUUUCGUAUCUAAUGGCUGGUUUCAGGGAAAAUGUUCCUGUAUAAUGUGACAAAACACUGUCUUUAAUACGCACAUUUAGCCAUUAGGUUCACUGCUGUGGUUAGUUUUUACAUUAAUAACGUUUAGUCUUUAAAAAUUAUAAAUACUUUAAAAUUGGUCAUGACAAUUAAAAAACUAAAUUUGUUGUCUUUGUCUCAUGCCCAACUACCCCAAAAUAUUGCAUUUAUUGUCACAUAAGACAAAUAAAAGCAGCAAAUUCUCACAAAUGAAAACAUGGAACCGGGAAAUAUUUAUCAUUUGCAUGAAAAAAUGAUCAUUAAAAUAGUUGUGUUGUAUUGAUCCCCUUCUAUUAGCAAUGAGCCAAAGCCAAAAGUAAAUAUUAUAGGUUUUGCUAUGUGAAUAAUAAUUUAAAUCCAGAAAACAUGACAAAUGUUUUUUGCAAAACUGUGAAUGAUUACAUGUUAUAUCAAAUACAAACACGCAUAUUUUUAUUUGCACACUAUGUGAAUCAUAGGAAUUAAACAGGACACUGGAACCACAUCCAUGGGAUUAAUGUCACAUAUGAAAUAAAGUAUGAAUGCAAUGAACCAAAAA